GGCUUCGGUUGGUGCGAGGUUGUCUGUGAGCACUUGACUGCAUCUGAUAAGUUCCUUGAUAUUAGAGGUGUUCACUCUGUUUGAUGCCCCACAAUGUAGAGCCAGCUGCUCCCCAUCUGAAACAAUCAUCUCAAGUGCUGAAAGGACAACUGUAACCUCAGUGGCCAGUUAUGCUGAAGUGUCAAGAUAAUGGAACCAACAUAUUCAAGCUUGUCUACAAAUGGCAUAAACUGCAAUUCCAAGACUUCUCUAGAGCAAAGUUCAGAUUCAUGCUCUUCUUCUGAUGAUGAAGCACUUAAUGACAUUCUGGAUGAUGAAAAUUACUGGUUAAAAUGUGCUUUAUGUGGCAAGAAAUUUGCUACCAAAAAGCUUCUUGAUAUUCAUAUGCUUGACCAUGGUAGCAAGAAAAACACCUGUAGAGUAUGUGGAAAAUUUCUUACGAGUAAAAAAAAUUUAAGGCUCCAUAUGAGCAUACACAGUGGAGAAAAGAAUUUUAUAUGUGAGAUUUGUGGUCAGCGUUUCAGACUGAAGAAUUUCCUGAACAGACACAGACAAUGUCAUUUGCCCAAAGCUCAUAACUGUGACAUAUGUGGGAAAACUUUCUCUCAUUCUUCCCGACUUGCCUUGCACCAAAGAUCACAUUCUGAAAGAAAGUUUCAGUGUGAUAUAUGUGGAAAACUUUUUAGUCAAAAGCCACACCUAAAUACACACAUGUUUAUUCAUAAUAACAAGAAAAAUUUUCAGUGUGAAGACUGUGGAAAAUGUUUUUUUACGAAGGGAAAUUUGAAUAUCCAUUCUUUUGUUCAUACUGGUUUGAAGAAAUAUGAAUGCGACGAAUGUGGUAAAGGAUUUCCAGUACAAAGUCGACUGAAACUCCACAUGUUAGUGCACACAGGUGAGAAGUCAUACCAGUGUGAAGAGUGUGGUAAGCGAUUUAAAUAUAAGAUCAGUUUGAAUAAUCACACAUUGCAUCAUCAUGGGGUAAACAAGAAGGUACAUCUUGACAGUGGCCAUGAUAUAACAAUUUUGAGUGAUGAGAGAUUUGAUGAAGGAAGAUGUUUUUCAUGUGGUGAAUGUGGUAAAUCAUUUGACUCAUUCAGCAGACUGGAAAGACAUAUGCAACUCCAUGAAAUAACAGAUGAAUCAUUCAGACCUCAUGAUCCACUCUCAAGUGAUGCUAACUUCAGCAAAACAUCAAAAGGUUUCAAACAGUACGAUUGUUAUAAAUGUGGAGGCCUCUUCACAUCAAAAAGUAGUCUCAGUACCCAUUUAAAAAGUGUGCAUAGUGAUGUGAAGCAGUUUCAGUGCUUGUUAUGUGACAAAACUUUUUCAAGAAAAAGCUACCUGGAAAGCCACAUGGUUGUCCACACUGGUGAGAAAAAAUACAAAUGUGAAGAAUGUGGUAAAUGUUUUACUCAGAAAAGUAGCUUGAAUACACAUUUGAAUUUGCACAAAAGUAUACAUAGAUGUAAUGAAUGUGGAAAAAUAUUUGGAAGAAAUAUACUCUUGAUGCGACACCUUAAACAUGGGCACAGUGAGGACAGAGUAGAUGCAGAGAAAGUGAGAACAGCUGUUUUAUGUGGUGAAGAUGACAGAAAUAGUGAUCUUGGCCAAGAACUUGUACAAAGUGAUGAAAAAAUAGUAUUAGAGGAGUCAGAUAUAUUUCUUCCUAAUGAAGUAGAAGAAGACUUGUGCAUAUUGGUGGAAAUAGAUGAUAUUGAUGAUCAGAGUAAUGUAAUAAUCCAACCACACAUAUAAUGUGAUGGGAUUAGCUCUACUAAGUAAAUUAAUUUUAAUCUUUUAUGUGUAAUUAAUGAUUGUUGCAAAAAUGUUCAUAUAUGUUGCUCUUUCAUGCACACUUUAUUACUUUUCUCUUUGUCUCCUUAGCAUAUUGUUCUACCUUCCCCACAUUUAAAUCUCUCUCUUGUGUACUCACUUUUAGACAAACAUUCUCAAAGUUUGCCUUGACUAUUUGCACAGGUCUACCAUCUCAGGUUAUUUGCCUGUACAUUUCACUCCAUAAAGAUCACUUCCAUUCCCGUCAUCCCAUACCUAUCAAAGUUACCAUUAUGAUAAUUUUAAGAAUAACUCACUCUCCUGCAUCUGAAUCUGAACUAAAACAGAGGAGCCAACUUUAGAGUUAUAAAUAAUGUAGUCUUUUUUUUUUCAUUUAUUUUAUUUAUUUAUUAUUUUUUUUUACUUUAGCAAGUUAUCAUUUAACCCCGUUGAAUAUUAACAUGGAUGGACAAGGAAUGGAAAUUUUUAAUAUGCAGUUUGCCUAUCAAAAAAUUUACCAAUUCACUAUUUUCCUUCCACACUUUUCCUUUAUACCCUUUCCUUCCAUUGUACACUCAGUUGUCCUAAACAAAGUACUGCCUACAAGAUAUUUACUUUUAUCAUUAAGAAAAGGAAGGAGCAUUUACAAUAAAUCAGUAUUUGCAAAACACAAAUUAUUGUAGUAUAGUAGCUUAUGAAAAUAAUAUAGAUCAUCUGCUACCAAGUUUAGAGUUAUAAAUAAUCUAGACAUUUUUUAUUUUAACAUUAAGGUUAUUCAUCAGUUUUACAUUCUUAGUUUCAAUGUAAAAGAUAACUCUUCAGUAUAAUAACAUUUGGAUAUCAAAAUUUACUUUUGUCCUCUAUUUCUUUAAGUAUAAAAUUUCAAAACAUUGUGAUGCUUUUCAUGAAAUGUUACAAAUACCUCAGGAUAUUAUUGCUACCUUUCUGUACUUGUAUGAAACUUUACAGUUUGUAAACCCAUUCACUUCAUUUUUAUCGUAUCUAUUUAUAUUUUGCUCAUUCUCACACACACACACACACACACACACACACAAAAAAAAAAAAAAAAAAAAAAGUUAACUUGCAUAUGUUUAUGUAUGAAAUUAGUUCCCUCAAAAAUUAUCAUUAAAUAUCAAAUAAAGUACCAAUGUGUCUUAUUCAUAACAUAGGGGUUUUCAAAUGUUUUUCCUUUUUUUGGUGGGGAGAGGGUCAGGAAAGGUGGGUGGGGGACAGGGAAGCCACAAUCACAUUCUACUGUACCACUUCGGUUUCCUAAAAGCGGUAGGUUCUUGGGGCCUGGCUCCUCCUGGCCUGAGCUUCCUUCCAGCGUUCCAUCAUGCGCACUAGAGCUCUUGGUACAUCCUGGAACAACAAAUUAAAUUAAGUAACUAAAAUUACUUUGGCUCCAUACUCUCAUGUACUCAUUAAAACUCACAUGUAAUUUUCUUCAACUUCUGGUAUCAUUAUGAUUAAAUGUGUGUAUAAAUACUGCAGAUUCUACUGGUAUUCUACUCUGCAAUAAAAACACACCAAUACCAUGUUCUGUUCAGUCUACCAGGUACAAGGUCCACAUAAAUGAACCACCAUUCUUUUGGUAUGUUUAAUGAGUGUCCUUAUACUAUAGCUUCACAUGUUUACAAGACACCUUUCUGACUCAUUACUGCCUAGACACUUAUUCUCAUCUAAAACAAUGAAUGAAUACAAUGGAGUCUUACUAGAGGUUGGACUAAUGGUACAUUACUAAAAAAAAAAAAAAAUAAAUAAAUAAAUAAAAAAUAAAUAAAUAAAACAAAACUUAAGAGAUCAUUCCAAAUCAAAUGAAAAUGCCAGAGAAGGAAGAUGUGUUCCUUCUCUUUGCUUAUAGACCACUUGUGUCAAAAAAAUAAUAAAGCAAGCUAUGUGCUGUUGUAUGGAUGAAUUACUACACUACCAUGUUUUUUAUGUUGCAUGUACAUACACUUUAUUAUGGUCCGACAUCUUUAAACUGGUAGCUAGGGUGGGGUCAUGUAGGAAUUUCCUGUGAACACUGUUGUCACGUUUCCAGAGCCCACAAUGCAUAACUUAAGUUAUUUAUGUAAAAGAGAUGCCCUGUAAGAUAGACAUAUAUCUAAACUUUUAUUCUAGGCAUUACAUUAUAUGAAAAAACAGUAAACCCAUCAUGCAUAAGAUAUUUAUACACCAAUAAAGAAAACAUGGCAUACAUAAUUUACUGUGUUGCUAAAAGAUAUUGCCACUUUAAUGGCUUUCAGCAUAGUCCUGGCAUGGUAGGUAUUUUCAGUUAUAUUUAGAAUAUAAUGUGAAGGAACAAAAAUAGAAAUCAGCCAAUUUCUUCAUACAAAAAAUAAUAAAUUAAGCCACCUGUGAGUGGCAACACUUGACAGUGAUCCAGCCUGUCACCCAGGCAAAGCUUUAGUAUGUCAGGUUUCAAAAGAUGCUGCCACAUAUUGUUGGCUUUUAAUGAAGUUCUGAGAUGGGUAAGUACUUUUCACAACUAUAUUUAGAAUAUAAUGUGAAGGAUUAACAGUAAAAGUAAGCCAAUUUCUUAAUGAAAAAAUAUAAUACAUUAAGACCACUCAAUCAUGAGCAGCAACACUGCCGACCCAGCCUGACCCCAUCAGGAGGAGGGAUGUGACAACAGUGUUCACAAAGUAAAUCUCAGUGUGACCACACCCUAGCCUAGAGAUGUCGGACCAUAGCAACAACAAUAACUGAGAAGAGAGUCUUUUAACAAUACUCAAGUAAUAAGCAUUAUAGUCACAACAAAAGCAAGGAUUGCCUGUAUUUAUUUUAAUUAAUGCAAGGAUAGGAUUUAUGACUGUUCUUACCUGAUUUGACUUCUCAAGGAUAUCGAUUAGUUUCUCAGCUCUAGCCCAGUCAUUGCGUGUAAACAGUGUGAUGGCUGAACCAGAUCGACCAGCACGUCCAGUGCGGCCCACUCGAUGCACAUACUCCUCCAUGUCUCGCGGGCAGUCGAAAUUGAAAAUGUGUCUGUUCACAAAUUAUUAUUAUUCAAUAUAUAUUUCCAUGCAAUUGUAUGAAAUCCAAACAUUUGUCAUAAUGUAAAAACUAAGAUUACAGGAAAGACACCCACUGAGGUACUUACGUUACAUCAUUGACAUCAAUGCCCCUUGAAGCAACAUCAGUGGCAAUGAGAACUCUGGAUUUACCAGAUUUCAGGUCUCGAAGGGCUUGCUCUCGGUCAUGCUGGCAGAUGUCACCAUGCAUAAUGCAAACCUGAAAACCAGUACAAUAUCAUUAAUUUCAUUGUAAUUUGUAUACAAUCAUAACAUAAGAUGAACACAUAAAAUAAAACUAAUGAACUUGUACUUUCUUGUAAUGCAGAAGCUAAAGUGACAAUAAUAUUUUUCUUCUGAGAUUAGUUUUUAAUAAGACCAUGAAAAAAAAGAAGAGAAAACUACACAAAGAACCCAAAAAUGGUUUAACAAGAAUGAAGGAAAGAUGCUUUUGGAACUAAGCAGCAACAACUGUAAUAUAGGAAAAGAGAUUUGAAAGGAAUGGGAACAGAUGGAUGAGAGAUAGAACAGAACUGAAGGAAGAAUUGUGUCAUGGCAUCCUUUGAGGGUUUCAAGAAACUUCAAGAAAAGAAAUACCAUUUAUAAAGCAAGAUGGGAUGGAUGGAAUAUGUAUGUACUACACGAUACAUGAUCAUAACGCACAUUUUAAUCCACAGCAGUAAGAAAAACAUGUUCACUUACAUUCAAGCCUUCUUCUAACAUUGCCACAGACAGGAAAUCCACCAUGGACUUCCUCCCAACAAACACGAUUGCUUUCUCUUUAUUGCCCAAGCCAGUAAUGAACUUUAUAAGCUGUAAGAAAAGAAGACAUUUAUGAAGUUCACAAACAAAACUCUGGGGCCAUAUUAACAAAGAUUCUUAACUAUAGAAGUCUGACUCAGACCAACUCUUAUGCUUAGAAUUGUGCUUAACUUCCCAAGUCAUGCUGAAUCUGGGUCUUAAAUUUAUGAUAGGUCCAGAGGCAGCUUAACUUUAAGGGUUAUGCUUAAGACUAAGUUAACCAAAGAUGGCCGACCGUUGAGCCUGAGUUCGCCACCUCAAGAAUUAUCAACCCAGUAAGGAAGUUCUCAAUGACCUGAAUGACAAUGAACUGUUGGAUAUAUAUAUAAACUAGACCUGCAGGAGUGUUAUUUGUGACAGAUUUGGUGGGAGAUGCCUUGGAAAGCCCCACAGGAACGAGUAAUUAAAGUAAUAAUUAGUGUUAUUGAGCCAAUGGGAAUUGCAGCUCUGCAGUAAUGAUGACUGUGGGUCUUCCUGUGUCCUGUUGUUGGUGUUUCAUUUACCUUCUUGGUAACUGAGCCUCAUGUGGCUUUUUUGUGCACUGAAUGAGUGAAGCUCUUUGAGCUACAUCUUUCCUCAUAAUACUGAGAGGAGAAGGAAGAAAAGUUUCACUAUCAGUCCAGUUGGGUUUCCUCCGGCUCAAGGAUGUAAAUACUGAGACAAAAUACACAUGCCUUGCACAGAAUCUAAUUUGCUUCUUGACAAUCACAAAUUUACAGGCUCAUAUCCUUACAAAGUUGAUGAUAAACUAUUAUUUUUGUUAUUUAAUACUAAAAAUGUAAAAAGAUUACACUAUUAACUUGAAAUUAAGAAAUAUAAGAUUUUACUGUUUAGCUCUCACCAUUUCCUACUGGGACCUAGGAGUUCACCUCAGCACAACUUUAAGACCACUUAGGAGUUAAGAAGUCUAAGCAGAAGACUGAGACAAACUGAAAAUCUUUGUUAAUAUGGGCCAUGGAACUCCCUGCCUGCUUCUGUAUUUCCUCCUUCCUAUGUCUUGAAAGGAGAUUGUGGCACUUCAUCCAAAAAAUAUAAGGACUUUUAACUAUCCUCUGUGUCUGGAAACAGGAUUGUACUAUUCUAACUACACUGUACUAUAUAUACUAAUCAUACUAUAAUAUUAAAUAACAUACUGGAAUUGCUCAAUCCUGAAAAAUAAAAUAAACAAGCAGACUUA